UGUGGCGCGCUGCAGUCACGCCUCCCGCUGCCAGCCCGGCACCGGGAUCUUAAUCAGUCACUAUGAAAACUCAUUAGCUCCACAGCAAUGAGUCCUCCACUGCUGAAGCUUGGCGCUGUGCUUAGUACCAUGGCAAUGAUCUCAAACUGGAUGUCCCAAACUCUCCCAUCCUUGGUGGGACUGAACACCACGAGGCUGUCGACUCCGGAUAUCUUAACUCAGAUUAGUCCUAAAGAAGGGUGGCAGGUGUACAGCUCAGCUCAGGAUCCUGAUGGGCGGUGCAUUUGCACAGUUGUUGCUCCAGAACAAAACCUGUGUUCCCGGGAUGCCAAAAGCAGGCAACUUCGCCAACUACUGGAAAAGGUUCAGAACAUGUCCCAGUCUAUUGAAGUCUUAAACUUGAGAACUCAGAGAGAUUUCCAAUAUGUUUUAAAAAUGGAAACCCAAAUGAAAGGGCUGAAGGCAAAGUUUCGGCAGAUUGAAGAUGAUCGAAAGACACUUAUGACCAAGCAUUUUCAGGAGUUGAAAGAGAAAAUGGAUGAGCUCCUGCCUUUGAUCCCUGUGCUGGAACAGUACAAAACAGACGCUAAGUUAAUCACCCAGUUCAAGGAGGAAAUAAGGAAUCUGUCUGCUGUCCUCACUGGUAUUCAGGAGGAAAUUGGUGCCUAUGACUAUGAGGAACUACACCAAAGAGUGCUGAGCUUGGAAACAAGACUUCGUGACUGCAUGAAAAAGCUAACAUGUGGCAAAUUGAUGAAAAUCACAGGCCCAGUUACAGUCAAGACAUCUGGAACCCGAUUUGGUGCUUGGAUGACAGACCCUUUAGCAUCUGAGAAAAACAACAGAGUCUGGUACAUGGACAGUUAUACUAACAAUAAAAUUGUUCGUGAAUACAAAUCAAUUGCAGACUUUGUCAGUGGGGCUGAAUCAAGGACAUACAACCUUCCUUUCAAGUGGGCAGGAACUAACCAUGUUGUCUACAAUGGCUCACUCUAUUUUAACAAGUAUCAGAGUAAUAUCAUCAUCAAAUACAGCUUUGAUAUGGGGAGAGUGCUUGCCCAACGAAGCCUGGAGUAUGCUGGUUUUCAUAAUGUUUACCCCUACACAUGGGGUGGAUUCUCUGAUAUCGACCUAAUGGCUGAUGAAAUCGGGCUGUGGGCUGUGUAUGCAACUAACCAGAAUGCAGGCAAUAUUGUCAUCAGCCAACUUAACCAAGAUACCUUGGAGGUGAUGAAGAGCUGGAGCACUGGCUACCCCAAGAGAAGUGCAGGGGAAUCUUUCAUGAUCUGUGGGACACUGUAUGUCACCAACUCCCACUUAACUGGAGCCAAGGUGUAUUAUUCCUAUUCCACCAAAACCUCCACAUAUGAGUACACAGACAUUCCCUUCCAUAACCAAUACUUUCACAUAUCCAUGCUUGACUACAAUGCAAGAGAUCGAGCUCUCUAUGCCUGGAACAAUGGCCACCAGGUGCUGUUCAAUGUCACCCUUUUCCAUAUCAUCAAGACAGAGGAUGACACAUAGGCAAAUGUGAUAUGUUUUCAUUGAUUUAAACAGUGUAAUUUGUGAUAAACUCUAUAGGACCCCUUCCGUUUUUUUCUUCACUAUUAUUUUUCAUCAUUUCUCCAAAGCAAAGCAUUUUUAUUGUAAAGUUGGUGUUUCAAAAACAUAGCUGAGCUUGUCUAACUUACCAUGUUGGAAACACAUCUUAACUUCUAAAUUUACAAGGCCUAUCAUGUCCUUGUCAUGAAAAGCACUAAAAAAAAUAAGAGUUUAAGUGGCUAAAGUCAUAGUUUUGCAAGAGAUUAAUGAUCUGCCUUAUAUUAGAGUCAGAGACUAAUGGUGGCUUAAAUGCAUGAAUGUCUUUUUUUUUAAAACUGUCAUUUUUUACUGUCUUUUGCUCCAUAUCAGGAAAUAUUUUGGUAGGAAUUAGGAGAACAAAAAGCACUUUCAUCCCAUUUAUUUCUUUAAAAAAUGUAAGGAUUUCAUUUAUAUUGAAAAAUAAUCAUUUUGCUGUUAACACAAUUCUCUGAUGCGGUGCUGUACAGUCAUUUUUAAAUCUCUUGCUAACAUUUUAUUGGCAGUAUGUAUUUCUACCAUUGUAACCACCAUUGUGCUAUUGUAUCUCUUCACUUCUGUGAAAGUAAUAUUUUUUAUAAAAUACACUGAAAUUUAAUCUCA